AUGCGUCGCUUCCAUCGAUUUAGAGAGGAUUCAAAUGAUGGAAGUGAUAACCAUAACAUUGAUAGUGAUUUAGAAACCACAAACAAGCAAGAUAACGAUUCUAAUGACUUUGAAAAUCAAUAUUCGGAUCAAGAGUCGGCGAAAACCUCGGAUAACAAAACAAAAAGAACUGCAAAAAUCGAAAAAGAUGAAACAAACAGUGAUCCGCAAACCGAAAUGUCAGGAAAAUCAAAGAAAAAGUCUAAAGCGUUGAAAUCGCGUUAUGAAGAAGGCUCCGAUAGCUCUCAUGAGAACGAAAGCUCUAACUCCCAUGAGGAUGCUAAUGAUGAUGAAGUCGAAGAAGAAGAGAUUGAAAAAGAAGAAGAUAAUGAACAAAGUGAAAACAUAGAUGAAGAAUCACCACAAGAAUACGAUGACAAUGAUUCCGAUUCUGCUUACGGAGAGGAAACAGACGAAAAAUCAUCCAAAACUGAAAAAUCAGAUUCUGGAUCUGAAGAGCAAUCCUCAAGUAAAACAUCUUCGGAAAAUGAAUCGCAAACAUAUAGUGAUAAAAUACAAUCAUCCGAUGACCAGGACAAUGAAGAAGAUAAUAUUGACUCGGAAAAAUACUCAAAUGAAUCAUCGUCGAACGACUCUGAAGUAGAAAAUGAGGUAGUUAAUUUAGAUGGCAUAGAUUUUUACAAAGAAUAUGAACAAAUGAAAACGAAUUUUGCGGAAUUCGAUAAAGACCGCAUUGGUACAUUAAAUCCAACACCAUUCUUACCAUUUUCAGGUGGAAAACUCAAAACUUUUAAGAAACAGCAAAUAAAACGCGAGAAUAGUAUUUAUGAUCAAGUUGACGAAAUUUACAAUAAAUUACGCGAACAAAAUGAACAAGAAACUAAACACGAACCUGUUACAGAACAAAACGAAUCAGAAAAAUCUCAAACUUCCGAAGAAUCAGAAGAAUCGACUUCAUCAACCUCAGAAGAGCACAAAAAGCCAUUUAUAUAUCCACCAAUACAUAUACAUACAUCCUUCGAUGUUGUUGGCAAAGAAAUACUUACAGAUAACGAAGAAUGUUCAAUUAUUGAAUUAACCAACCUUUGGGCUUACGCACAGAACUCUGUAUGUGUUGUUAAGCCUCUUGAUCGUAAAGUCUACAUGAUAUGUUCUCUAAUUGCCACAUUUAAGAAACUUUACAAAAAUAUCAACCCGAUUUUGUUAAUUACAGAUGAAGUUUCACAAAGACAAUGGAUAACGAACCUAAACAGAUUUGGUGACUUCAACAUCCAAGUCCUUAAGACCAAAACCUCAGAAAUGAACAAAAAAGAUUUUGAUAUUUUAUUAAUGUCAAAACCACUUGUUUUAAGGUAUGUUGAAUGGCUCCCACAAAACAUCAAGUUCUCCAUGGUUCUUAUUGAAGAUUUCAGUGAUCCAAGAGCGAAUUACAUCACAACAUUACGCGAUAAAGUCAAAACGAUCAGAUCCAACUGGAGAUUGAUGUUCUGCAAGAAUUUGGAAGAAUACUCAUCAAGAUAUCUCCAAAUCAUGCUUUCUACAUUGAGAAACAGAGGAAAUGACAGUUACACGAAACAAAGUUUAUUCGAAGCGAUGAAUAGCUACAGUAUUUGUCCGGAUAAGCUUAUCUACAAUAAGGAUAACAUAUUUAAGAUAAGAGAAGAAGUGAUGUACUGUCCAAUGACUGAAUACCAAAUUGAUAUCAAUAAAAAAGUUUUGAAAAGUGUCAGACAAAAAUUGAAGUCAAAAAAUGAGAUGAAAAAAAGUGAACUAAUUUUAAGUUGCAGCUCAUUGUAUUCUAUAUGUUCACACCCUGUAUUUGAGAGUGACCAUGUCAUGGAUGAUGAUGUCUAUACAGCGCAAAGCAGGCAUCAAAGCGGAAAACUAAUUUUCCUUUGGAGAUUUUUGAGAAGUGAUGAAGUUUACCAACAAAGGAUAAUUGUUUUCUGCGAGGAUGAUGACAGUGUAACAUUAAUCAACUCUUGUUUCGCGGAUAAACACAUCCCAUUCAUGAGAGUUGACUCUGAAACUUCAGAAAAGGAUUUAAACAGGAUGCCAAAACUGUUUUUGGAUAAAAUUCCUUUGGUCGUUUGCACAGAAGAAAAAAUUAAUUGGUGUUUAAAUAACCUUAAACCGACAUUACUUAUUCCUUUCGAUAUCUUCUGGAGACCAACGAAAAACAACUUGGAACUCCUCAAAAAGAACAAUUUAAAACCAAGAUUUUUGCGUUUAAUCACCAAAAAUUCAAUCGACGAAGAUAUUUUCGCGAUCACUUCACAAAGCGAUGAAUUGACUGGUGAUGAUCUGCUCACGGAAGAAACAGCAAAUCCCGAGAUACUCGAUAAACUCCUAAGAAAACAAAUAAUAAGAGAAAGUAAAUUACAAAAAGUGACAGGAGAUAUAUGGUGGCGUGGAAUUUUAUCGACAAAAGUUGUUUCUAUUUACGGACAGAAAGAAACAUUUCCUUCUUUUGAUGACUCUGAUAUAAAAAGCCCUGAUUUCUGGCAAAAAAUUCUUUACGAAGAACAUAAAAAGAAAUCAGCGGAAAACCUCAAAAUCUCCAUCAAUUCUCCUCAAUUUAUUGUUCUGGCGUUUGAGAACAUGAGAGAUUUCGGAUACGGAAGAUAUGAUACUUUCAAACGACCAAAAGAAAAUGCAGAAAUCAGAAAAAUCUGUCAAAAUAUUUUGUCAAAAAUGGAUGUCCAAAUUGACACUUCACAUUCCAAGUUUUUGUUGAGUAUUUCAUUGAGAGCUUCUUCAUCACAUCCUGUAGUUACUGCACAACAAGUUGUACAAGCUAUUGGUGAUUUCCCUGUCGAAGAAUUUCUCAAUGAUUUCGAAACAUCAUCAGUAAUAAAAUACUGGAUUGAAAAUGAUUUCGAUAACUACAUUCCUUUGCCAGAAGAAACGGAAUUCGAUGAUAAAGAAUUAGUUAAAAAUGCUUACGAUAAUGGUUUGAGAUCAUUACCAAAUGAUCAAUUAUUCCAUUUAAGGAAUCUCGUCAAUUUUAACUACAAAAACAUUAUUCCUCCUCAUCCUGACAAAAAUUUGCAAUUUUACAGGAAGAAAAUCACUCCUGUAGAACACAAAAAGAUCAUGAAUAAUUUGUUGAAAUUCGGAUAUCCUGGCAUCAAUGAUUUCCUCAGGUUUUCGAAUUUGCAACAGUUCCAUCCUGAUCUUGUUGAACAAUAUGUUCAAACAACAAUAAAAUACGUGAAAUGCUAUGAUCCAGAAGAAAGAAAGAGGAUUUCUGAGAAAUUUGUGGACAAAGUCAAACCAUACAUUCUCCAAUCAUUGGCAAGUAAGCUCAGCUGGUUCGAAGAAAUCAGGAAAGGCUGCGAAGACUACGAAAGAGUUACUUGCGAAGACAUGGAAAUUCUAAAAGCAUUUAGUUUCCAUGGACCAACGCAAUCAAUCAUUUCUCCAACAUUUAUGUCUUUCUUCAAGGGAUCUCCAUCGGAAUCAAAAGUCCUGUACAAGAUAAAACAGAUGCAAGGAGAGUUGUACACGAAAUUAUCAAGACAUGUACAAACAAGUCACAAAAAUUUGGAUAAAAUCAAAAGUGAACUUCCCUUCAGAUUAUCUGACCAAAUUAUGCUUGAAAAUUUAGGAGAAAUUGAUUCAAGAGAAACUUUUCACACUAAAGAUGCUGUUUACUUAGUUGGCUACAAAGUAAGAGUCAUCACAUUAAAUCCUUUCAGACCUGAUCUCUUGAUUCCUGUCGAAGCUUCAAUUGAAUGUAGAAAUGGAAGACCUGUUUUCCUUGUAAAAGUGACAAAUUGUGGAUGGAAUUACGAACUCAUUGGAGCAGAUCCUAACAGUGUAUGGGAGCUUUUCAAGCUCAAAUGCACGAAGCACACGAAGCUUCCUGUCUACGAGUUUUACGGCGAUGAAAUGUUUGGUUUCUUGACACCAAAUUACCACAGAAUUGUCUCAACAAUGUUGACAGAAAAAGACUGUAAAUUGUACAUUAGAAGAGUGUUCAGGGAUAUCAACAUCAGAUACGACAAAAGGAAGAUUGUUGCAGGAGAGUAUUCAUGGUCUAAUUACGUUUCUGCAAAGGAGCAAAACAAAGCAAAAACAAUGGACAAAGCAGAGUUGGAAAGAAAGAGAACUGAACAAAUGUGCGCAAUGAGAUUGGAUUUGGCUCCUUUGAAGAUCGAUGAAGACUUGAUCGAAUUGAAAUCAACAUCAUCGACUUUGAACUCUUUGUUUGAACUGUAUGAGGAUUCAAUAAUGGAUGAAGUAACUCCUGUUUAA